AUGCUCGAGGACGUGAAGUGGUCCGAGCUGCGCGAGACCGUGUACAAGGACCUCCGCGACCUGCCCGCUGUGAUGCCUGCGGACAUGCACGCCGUCAUCCCGGCCCUGCAGCACAUCAUCACGUCCGGGGCCGACAAGUACGCCGACGUGCUGGACCUCGCCGCCAUCAAGAGGGAGCACAUCAAGUGCGGCUACGACUUGUGGAACCUAGACAAGAACUGCUCCAAGGCCGAGUGGAGAGAAAAGAUCAAAGCUGUCAAACGGACUGAUGAAUACAAAGAAUCAGUCAAGACGGAGGCGCGCGAGGUUGAACGCGAGGCACUAGCCCGCUUCACGACAAUGAUGCAGGGGCAUUCGUUCGAGCCGAAGAGACACGGGAAAGCCUUAAAAGUUCUAGCCAGCCUAAUUCAGCAGGACGGCUGGAAACGUUGCGAUAUUAGCAAGGCAAUUGCGGAAGGAAAGGGACAGGCGCCUGUGGAUCCCGCGAUAUACCUUGAUUACUACCCAAUAGUGAUGGACACUGGGGAUCUUGAUGGGUAG